CUUGUUCAAUAGGAGAUGGAAAACGUGACUGUCAUUCAGGCUCUGCUUGUAGCUCUGAUAAUGAUUGCAUAUUUAAAAAUUGCGAAAAUUUUGUUUGUGUACACAAUUUAGCCAAUGGCUGCAAAGUGGGAGGCCAGAAAAACAAUUGUAAUUUAGGUGAUCCAUGUGUAACUAGCGAUGACUGCAAAACACCAGGCUGUGAAGCAAACGAUAAUGAUGAUACUUUUUGUGUUUGA